UGUGGUCAUUAUGGCUCAUGGGGGUACUGGCCGCCGGAUCACUAACGGUAUCAGCAGCCUCAUUCCCCAAACACAUGCUUGUGGGCAGGGCAGGUGACAGUGUGACAGUCGAGUGCCCUGGCGUCUCUAGCGAUGUCAUAUGGAUGAUAGGUGAUGUGGAAAUGUCAGAGACCAGCCCCAAGUGGCAGAUCCCCGAGCUGGAUGAGGACUGGACGGGCGAGUACUCGUGCCUGCAUGGAUCACAGCAGGCCACCGUCCAUGUGGUCCUGGAGGACACCGCAGACAGUAGAGUACAUCCGCUUGAGUGCUGGGCUGAGAACUAUGUGAACUGUUCCUUCAUGUGCGAUUGGUCAGAUCCAAACUACCCUCUGGCCCGCGCAAGGAAUGAACGUACCAAUGGCCACCCGUGGGUGUUGGUGUCCCCCGAUGGCCUAUUCCAUGUCAGCCACAACACCUCGGCACACCACGAGGAGGACGCGCCCAUCAAUGUCACCGUGGAGGCCCUCACGGCAAACAAGGACCGCCUAGUGAAGACCAGCAAGACCUUCUUCCUGAGAGAUAUCAUCCGUCCGCCGGCUCCCCAGGUGACUGUGUGCAGGAACAAGACGGAUGCAGCGCUGGAUGUGGACAUCAGGCCUGCGGGGAGUUGGCCGCUACCCAGCUACUUCCCUCUGGAGUACGAGAUCGAGUACCUCAAGAAAGACAACGGCGAGUCGACCUCCGCGGACAUCGGCCCCGGUGUGCGGGGUAAGGCUGUAUUGAAAACAAUGGAAACUUUUGGCAGAGCCGUGCUCCGCUCUUUGGCAGAGCCGAUGUUCAGAGGCCCUAAAUAUUAA